AAUAUUCAAGAAAUUGGUUUUGGAAGUUUUGGGAAAGUUUAUCGUGCAAACUGGAAAAAUUCCCAUGGUUACUUAGCAUUGAAAUCUUUUACUAAUUUUAACAUCACUGCUGAAGAAAUUGUUAAUGAAAUUAAACUUCAGCGUGAAGUGGACUUACAUGAAAAUAUAAUUCGCUUUAAUGGUAUUACAACUGAAAUCCAAAAUGAUAAUUCAAAAAAAUAUUCGCUAGUGAUGGAAUAUGCCGAUAGUGGUACCCUUCGAAAUUAUUUGAAUGAUCACUUUGAAAAUUUAACUUGGAAUGAUAAGUUAAAUUUGGCACUUCAGUUAGCUAAUGCUUUAUCAUUAUUACACAAUAAAGAAAUCAUGCACCAUGAUUUGAAUUCAAAUAAUAUUUUAGUUCAUAAGAAUACCAUUAAAUUAGCAGAUUUUGGAUUGUCAAAAAGGAUUAAAGAAUCAUUUAAUUUUCAAUCAAAUUUAUUUGAAAUGGUCCCCUACGUUGACCCACAAAUUUUUAAUAUAAUAGAUGACAAUAACACCCAAAUUCAAGUAUAUUCAUUAAAUAAAAAGAGUGACAUUUACAGUAUUGGCGUACUCUUGUGGGAAAUAUCUAGUGGUCGGCCACCUUUUUAUAAUGAACCACAUAAUGUUGAUUUAGCCAUGGAAAUUCUACGAAGUUUUAGAGAGAAGCCCAUUCCUAAUACACCUGAAAACUACAUAAAAAUUUAUACUGAAUGCUGGAAUAAUGAACCAGAUAAUCGUCCAACUAUUAAUCAAAUUAUUAUUAAAUUAAGUGCAAUUAUUUUGGAUUUACAACAAAACAAUUUUAAUGCAGGUAUUCAAUUAUCAAAUAAACAGCUGCUUAAAUCAAGUAUUGAAAUUCCUGAAAAAUUUAUCAAUGAUUUAUUACACGAAAAAAUAUCCAAAAUUAUUCAAAAUUAUAUUAAGAUAAAUAUAAAAGAAAUAGAGCCUUCAAUUUCAUCAAAUCUAAUUAUAAAUAAUUUUAGCAUGGUUAUUAAUGAAAUAACUAUACUUCUUGAAAGUAUAGAAACAAAUAGAAGAAAAUAUGAAAUUAUUAAUUAUCUUAAAAAUCAUAAUAUAACUUCCCAAGAAUUUUUUUAUUGGCUAUUAAAUAAUCAGGAUGAUUCAGAUUCAGUUUUUUUACUUGGAGUAUUCAAUCAUUUUGGAAUUGAAAUUAAUGUAGACAAGCAAAAGGCGUUUGAAUUAUAUCAAAAUGCAGCAAAUUUAGGAAAUGUUUAUGGAAUGAUUGGUUUAGGAUACUGUUAUGACGAGGGAAUUGGAACUGAUAUUAAUGAACCAAAGGCAUUUGAAUUAUAUCAAGAGGUUGCAAAUUUAGGAAAUUCACGUGGGAUUUAUAAUUUGGGAUCUUGCUAUGAAUGUGGAAUUGGAACUAAUGUUAAUGAACAAAAGGCAUUUGAACUAUAUCAAGAAGCUGCAAAUUUAGGAAACAUGCUUGCAAUUAAUAAUUUAGGAUCUUGUUAUUUAAAUGGAUUUGGGACGAAUGUUAGUAAGAAAAGAGCAUUUGGAUUAUUUCAAGAGGCGGCAAAAUUAGGAAACCAUGUAGCUCAAUAUAAUCUCGCCUGUAUGUAUAAAAAUGGAGAAGGAACUAAAAAGGAUAUAAAUCAAGCAAUUUAUUGGUAUAAAAUUUCUGCUAAACAAGGAGAUCUAGAUGCUCAAAAUGAAUUAAAUAAUUUAAUAAAUAAUGAUAUUAAGUUGUAAUACAUUUUGUAUAAUUUCUAGAUUUUAUUAAUUGUGUACUAGCAAAGUCAUUGAUUUGUUACAGAUCUAUAAUGAAAAUAUUCAGUCUAAUUCUUAUGCUAAGUAAAAAAUUCAUGUGUAAUGAUGUAUGGGAAUCUUUGCUAAUGAAAUAACUAUUCUAAUUUGUACUAACAAAUCGGCACUUUUUUGAAUACAUAGUGACUUAAUAAUAAGAGAAAAGAAAGGUUAGACAACGUAUACUCUUUAUUUGGUUUUGAU